AUGCCUUGUAAUGAUAAUCAAUCUGUUUGUAAUGAGGGAGCUACAGGUGUUUUUGACUCGAGUGCUGUACCAUCAAGCAGUAGCAGUGCAACUCUUCGUGACGAAAGGCUUGUCAGUAUAACAACCGAAAAUGGGCAUACUUUUCCUCAGUCGAGUUAUGCAGAAUUAAAGAAUACUACCGUUAGGACACGUACUGCUUCCUCUCGUUCGACUUCUAAUUUACAUUCAAUGUAUUUUCUGCCAGGAGAAGACAUUGACAGCGACAAUUUUGUAGAUAUGGAAUCAUGUCAACUUUAUGUUACUCAAUUUCGUAUUAUUAUUGUUGCUCAUAAUCAGAGUGCAAUCUGUGCAAUCCCUUUAACAGGAGUUGACUUGUUAGAGGCGAAAGAUAUUGUUGGACUUCAAAUUAGUUCUAAAGAUGGCAAGAUAAUUAAGUUUGUUUUUUUGUUUAUAUUUAAAAUAUCCAGUAGUAGUAGUAUCAUUCCUUUUCCUUCCAAGUUUUUUCUAUAUAGAAUAUGUACAGAAGGGUCAGACUUUUUCCUUUUUUCAUCGCAUUUGCCUUUCUGA